GCAAAUUCCUGUCCCGCACAUCUGCUCGCCGCCCAGCGAACCUGAUGGCGCUCGUCGACGCGAAGGCCGCCGGCGCGUCCACCUCCACCGUGGCCGCUGCGCCCACGGUGGAGCACCUGUUGUUCCUCGUCGUCCUCGACGGCGUCGAGACGCCCAUCCACGAGGGGACGCUGUACGGAAGCGCCGGGGGCACAGUCACCGUCACCGGCCCUGGCCAGCUCUCCGCCGACGGCCUCGAGAGCGUCCUGGUGCGCGGCGGCGGGACCGGGGCCGGCGCCGUGCGGUUCACGCUCUGCGCCGACGCGGCCGCCGAGGGCGUCGGCGCUGCGUGCUUCGAGCGGUGCGGCGCGGCCCGCGUGGAGGGCGCGCGCGAGGUGUCCGUGUCCUCGUGCCGCGCCGUGGAAGUGGAGCGCGCGGGCAGGGUCACCCUCGACCGCUGCCGCGACGCGCGGCUCCGGGGCGGGGGCGCGCUCCGCGCCACGCGGUGCCGGCGCGCUGACGUCGAGAGCUUCGGCGGGGUGCGCCUGGCGCGGUGCAAGGCCGCGCGCGCCGACUGGUGCGGCACCGUCGAGGUCGAGCUGUGCAGGGCCGUCGACGUCCGCCGCUGCGGAGCUGUCACCGGAGAGCGGUGCCGCGUCGUGAACGCUGCAGGGUGCGGCAGCGUCGAGGUGGCGCGGGCCGUGAUCAACAUGGUGGAGGAAGAGCAGCCGUAGUCAGCUUGUACUGUGAUCGCGGAGCGGCUGAAGACAAUUCAUUCUCGAUUGUAAACUGAACAAGAAUGCUCCUCUUUAUAAAUGGUUCUUCAGUAGGCUUUGUGGUUCU